UCUCACUCCCUCAUGCUAGCUCUUAACUCUAUCUAUCGUCACCAGCUUUGAUKAACUCUAAACUCCCCACCAGACUGCAGCUGUCAGACCUGUUUGUGGAUCAUGCAUACCAAAGGAAGUACAGAAUGCUGUUGCUCUUUUGAAGACUACAAUCAGACAACAGAAUGGCUUCUGAGCCGGACGAGACACAGGCCUAAGAUCGCAGUGGUGUGUGGCUCCGGCCUGGGCCUGCUCGCCGAUGGUGUUACCAACAAAGAGAUCUUCCCUUACGCAGAUAUCCCCAACUUCCCCGUCAGCACAGUCCCGGGUCAUGAAGGGUGUCUGGUGUUUGGUAUUCUAAAAGGCAAAUCCUGCGUCUUCAUGCAAGGCAGAUUCCAUCUCUACGAGGGCUAUUCACUCUGUAAGGUCACAUUCCCGGUGCGGAUCUUCAAGCUGUUGGGCGUGGAGACCCUCAUUGUGACUAACGCCUCAGGGGGCCUGUGUCCGGACUUCAAAGUGGGCGACAUCAUGCUCAUUAAGGACCACAUUAACCUGCCAGGCUUCGCCGGCCAGCACCCUCUGUGCGGACCCAAUGACGAACGGUUUGGGAUCCGGUUCCCCUGCAUGUCAGAUGCCUACAGUAAGGACCUGAGGAAGCUAGCUCUGGAUAUCAGUCAUGAGCUGGACUAUACCAACUUUGUGCGGGAAGGGGUGUACUGCAUGGUGAGCGGCCCCAACUUCGAGACCAUCGCCGAGGCACGCAUGUUGCAGGUCUUGGGGUGCGACUCUGUGGGCAUGAGUACGGUCCCAGAGGUAACAGUGGCCAAGCACUGUGGCCUGAGGGUCUUUGGUCUCUCACUCAUCACCAACAAGGUCUCCCUGGACUACAGCCGUGAGGAGAAGGUGAACCAUGAGGAGGUCCUGGAGAUCAGCAAGAUGAGGGCGGAGCAUCUGCAGAUGAUGCUCAACACACUUAUCGCCCGCUCCCACCAGCUGGACGAGGGCAUCAAUGUCAACUGAAGGGGGAUGGAGAAAGAGACAGAGAGACAUACUUUAAUGUUGAAGCACACUCUCUCUCACAUACACACAGACAUGUGCACACAUGUACAUAUCAUUCACUGUGAAUCUUUACAAUAAACAACCACCCAUGAUGAAAGAAUUUAGUCAAUUUUCUAGUUUAAUAAAAUGCUCUAAAGUUGU